AUGGUGGAAUCAAUUAUUCUUUUUAGCAAGACCAUUAAGCCCUCCUCCCCUACCCCUAGUUCACUUAGACAUCACAAAUUCUCUGUACUUGAUCACUUUGGUACCCCUGCAUAUGCUCCAAUUGCAGCCUUUUACUCUAAGCCAACAGAUCACAACCACAAUAUAAGCCAAAUUCUUGAAAAUUCCUUUUCAAAAGUAUUAGCUUCUUAUUAUCCAUUUGCUGGAAGAUUAAUCGACGAAAAUUCAUAUGUCGAUUGUAACGACACUGGUGUAGAGUAUUUAAAUGUACGAAUCAAUUGUCCAAUGAACGGAGUUCUUAACAAUCCCUAUAAUGAUACUAUAGAUGUAGUCUUCCCACGAAAUUUGCCAUGGAAUAGGUCCUUCAAAGCAUCUACAACUCGAGAGUUGGAUUUCAAACCAUCUACUAAAUUUGACUCGGCUUCUUUCUUCCCAAUAUUAUCAAUUGAUGAUAUUCCACAUCCACCUGAUUUUGUAUCUGAACCUCAACGAUGCGUGUCAAAAAGAUACAAUUUCUCGUCCUCUGAUUUAGAGAGACUUAAGGAUUCUGUUUCUUCAGUAGUGCAGAAUCCAACUCGCGUUGAAGUUGCCACAGCACUACUUCAUAGAUGUAUAUCCAUUGCGAAUUUCAGCAAGUUCAAACCAACUUUAAUGUCCCAUGUGAUGAAUUUACGCCCUCCAUUAAUAAAUACCGUUGGAAAUGCUUGUGCUUUCUUUAGCUAUGUAGCGGAGACUGAAGAUGACUGCGUGAGGCUAAACAACUACUUCGAGACAAGUUGA